AUGAGUCCUGAGUUAAAUUUUGGAUUUCGGUUAGAACUAUUAGAUUGUUAUAGGUUAUUUUUUUCAAUGAUGAUAAAAUCAAACGGUUUUAACGAUUUUCAUAUUCGUUUUCCUGAAUUGUGUGAAAGUUCGAAUGAAAUGCAAAAAAUUACCGAAGUACCUAAUUAUAUAUCGCAGCCAUGUGUUGCGGCAACAUAUUUAACAGUGAAUGGUCCAACAAAAAUUCUUCCAUUUCUUUAUCUUGGUUCCCAACAAGAUGCAAUGAAUGAAAAACUUCUCAAGGUAUGUGGUAUAGAAUAUAUAAUAAAUUUGAGUGUGAAUUGCCCACAGCCCGAUCAUUUCAAGGAUGAUGAACAUUUUUUGCGAAUACCUGUUAAUGAUUCAUACCAAGAUAAAUUAUUGCCGUACUUCGAAGAAGCAUUUAAAUUUUUAGAUAAAGUAUCGCAAAAUGGUUCGAAUGUACUUCUACAUUGUUUGGCUGGCAUUUCUCGCAGUCCAACUCUUGCGAUUGCAUAUAUUAUGCGAAGAAAUAAGUGGACAUCUGACCAAGCAUACAGGUAUGUUAAGUCAAAACGCCCAUCCAUUUCACCAAAUUUUAAUUUUAUGGGCCAGUUAUUAGAAUAUGAAUCGCAGUUGCGUGAAGAGUUUCGCCUUGCGCUAUCACCAAGUUCUUCAUGUGAAUAUUCGCCAUCACCAUUAAAUCAGUCAACUGAUACAAAAAAUGAUGAAGUAACAAGUUGUGAUCAAAUCUCCAAGAAAAUCGCAAGACCACAAAAUUUUUGGCGUAAUGAACAAUGGCAAAUGUCUUGUAAAAUGAAUGAAAAUGGCAAAAGAACAUUAGGCAUUUGUUUAUUGGACCGACCACGAGCUCUGGAUGGUUUAAGAUCACGAAAAUCGGUUAAUGAAAAUCUUCCUUCACCAUCAACUGAAUUCCAAAAACUUUCUUUCACGCCGUCACCUAUCGACGAUUUUGCAGUUUCGAAUCCAUUUUUUGCUAUUCCCCAGUCAAUUCCUGGCACUUCGAAGUUACCUGGUUCACCGACGUUACUGAGCGUAGAAAAUCCAACUUUCCAACACCUUCAAAGCGCCAAAAUUUGUUCAUCAAAUGUUCGUGGAAAUAAUCCAACAUGUUUCUUUACUCGUAUAACUCACUGUAUAAAAAAAAGAGCUUGUUCAAGUCAUUCAAGUAAACGUAGCAUAUCACCUUCAUCAACAUCAUCAUCACCACUAAAUUCAGCAUCAUUGUGUUGCAAUAUAUCUUCAUCGAAUCAUUUAUCUCCCAUGGUUGAAACACCGACACCACCAAGUGAUGAUUUUACUGAUAGCCCAGAAUCGGGUUUUGUCGAAGAUGAAACUGCGACGAAUUGUAUGCGAAAAGUAACCAAUAUUAUGGCAGGGAAUGAGAAUUUGAUGACUUCAAGUGAAUCUUAUCGUGAUGCUGAUCGUGAUUCAGUUAGUUCAGCGAGUAGUCUUGAAAUCGUUGUAAAAUAA